AUGCUCAGUGGCGGCGAGAGUGUGGGAACUAGCUCCGAUGAUGGAGACACCUUCUCCUUUGAGUCCUUCAAUCUAGCUAGGAAUAAAUUGUGCUUUGAAGAUGGUACUUUCUCUGCAAUAGAGAUUGUCACUAAAUCCAUCUGUGAUGCCCGAGAGUGGCAAGAAACUCUGCAAUUGGUUCCAGUAGCAGGCCUAACUACUACCAUCUCCUCACGGCAAGCCCCAACUCCCCAAGUUCCUAUUGAUGCGACUUGUCAUGUUGAUGCGGCAUGGGAUGCUACCUCUGGAACCUGCGGUCUAGGAGGUCUGUUCUCUGGCUCACACCCGGCCUCUCGCCUUCCCCAAAUCUCCGAGUCUCGGACCCUUGUAUCGUCUGCGUUAAUGGCUGAGGCCCUCGCUGUUCGUUUGGCAGUAAUGAAUGCUGCGUUUUCAAACAUUAAAUCCCUGAUGAUCCUGUCGGAUUCUCUAUCCCUCAUCAAACUGUUGAAAGGAAAUGAAUCAAGACCAGCCUUGUUUGGUAUUUUGUUUGAUAUUUAUCAUUUCAGUUCUUACUUUGAUGUCCUGUCUUUUUGUUUUAUUCCGCGUUUACAAAACUUUGAGGCUGAUUUGGUGGCAAAGCUAGCAUUAUCUCAUGCUGUUGUAAUUCCCUCCCUUGCGGGAGUGUAA